AUGCGUGGCCUCAACCUCAUUCUUCUUUUCGCCCUUACCGGACCCGGGCUGGCAGGCCCAACUCGUCGCGGAUACGGGACUCUUGUUCAACGGCAGGACAACAGCACAGAAUUACCGCCUCCACCUCCUGCGGCCGCGUCUGGUGCUGCUGACGCUCCACCACCACCUCCUCCUGAAGUUGCUCCGCAGCCGCAGCUCCUCCCCCACCUGGCCCCCCUCCACCACCGCCAGGGGCCUCUGGAGCUCCUCCGCCACCUCCUGCCGCCGCUGGAGCUCCGCCACCACCUCCUGACGCAGCUGGCGCUCCACCACCACCUCCUGCCGCCGCUUCGGGGGCACCACCACCGCCCCCAGCAGGCGGGCCACCUCCUCCCCCAGCGGGUGGCCCACCACCGCCUCCUCCCGCCGCCGCUGGAGCGAACUGCACAGCAGCAGCACCUCCACCACCGCCCGCAGGAGGACCCGCCCCUCCUCCUCCUCCGCCAGCGGCUGCUGGGGCUCCUCCCCCUCCUCCACCAGGCGCUUCCGGAGCUCCUCCACCACCACCACCGCCAGCGGCUGCCGGCGCUGCUCCUCCUCCUCCACCAGCGGCCGCGGGCGCCGCGCCGCCUCCUCCUCCUCCAGCAGCUUCUGGUGCCGCGCCUCCUCCUCCGCCAGCUGCUGCGGGUGCCGCUCCUCCACCGCCCCCAGGCGCCUCAGGCGCACCACCACCACCGCCACCAGGCGGCCCCGCAGCUGCGGGCGCUGGACCAGCUGGACAGGCGGGUGCCCGGGCCGGGCGCGCCACCCGUCGGCAAGGGCAAGGGGAAGCGCCGAUCGCUUCCGAGCAUGUCCAGCGGUGGACGGAGGGCUAUCAAGGUCGAGUGGUGA